CAACAGCGUGAGCUUCAGUCCUUUUACAGGUGGGCACGAAAAGUUACUGGACGGUCGCGUGCUUGUCAGGAUGACUUCUUCAGCAUUUUAGCUCGUUUCUCUCGAAUAGCGCCGUGUUUAAUUAUAAUAGUUUUCGUUAUCUGACGCCACGUUUUUAGAACUGUUUUUUAAACUUCAUCGGCGAAGAUGAGGUUUGCUGUCACACAGUGGAAUAUCGGAUAACGCGAGUUUUGUGAUUUUGUAAAAAUAAUAAUAAUAAUAAUAAUAAUAAUAAUUCUGUGAGGAGAAUUUUUUCCCUCACAAUAUACGCGCGCGCACAAACACGCACUGGCAAAAAAAUAGCUGGUCUCUCGUCUUUAAACGCGUAAAUUGUUGGGGUUAUUCUCCCCUCUAACAAAAUUCAACAUGUCGUUGUUCGGCAAAAUUUUUCGUCUUCCGACUGACAAGAGGAAAUUGAAGCAGUACGAACACGUCCAUCGGAACGUGAACCCGAAUGAGGUGUGGGAGAUUGUAGGAGAGCUGGGCGAUGGAGCUUUCGGGAAAGUUUAUAAGGCCCGGAACAAAGACACGGGCAUCCUGGCUGCCGCCAAAGUGAUCGAGACGAAGAGCGAAGAGGAGCUGGAGGAUUACAUCGUAGAGAUCGACAUCUUGGCUACGUGCAACCAUCACUACAUUGUCAAGCUGCUUGAUGCCUUCUUCUAUGAGCAAAAGCUAUGGAUUAUGAUCGAGUUUUGUCCUGGAGGAGCAGUAGAUGCCACCAUGUUGGAGUUGGACCGGGGUUUGACUGAGAAGCAGAUUCAGGUGAUCUGUAAGCAGGUGCUGGAGGCUCUGGUUUACCUGCACAGUAUGAAAAUCAUCCACCGAGACCUGAAGGCAGGAAACAUCCUGCUCACGCUAGACGGAGACAUCAAACUCGCUGACUUUGGUGUGUCGGCGAAAAACACGAAAACUCUGCAAAGGAGAGACACUUUCAUCGGGACGCCGUACUGGAUGGCUCCAGAGGUCGUGAUGUGUGAGACCACGAAGGACGCUCCAUAUGAUUACAAAGCGGACAUCUGGUCUUUGGGAAUAACGCUGAUCGAGCUUGCUCAGAUCGAACCUCCGCACCAUGAACUCAACCCCAUGAGAGUCCUCCUGAAAAUCGCCAAGUCCGAGCCUCCGACUCUGGACCAGCCUUCUAAAUGGUCGACCGACUUCAAGGAUUUCCUGAAAAGAGCACUGGAUAAGAAUCCCGAGUCGCGCCCGUCGGCCUCCCAGCUCCUCCAGCACCCCUUUGUGAGCUCAGUGAAGACGAAUCGUCCUCUGAUGGAGUUGGUGGCUGAAGCCAAAGCUGAAGUGAUGGAGGAGAUGGAAGAGGACAGCAACGAGGAAGCGGACGAGGACGAGAAUCAUGACAUCACAGCUCGUCCGGGGAAAGAUCCCUCAGAAACGAGUCAGACUAGUUUAGAAGGCGACCACACGCCUCUCCCGGAGAGUCCCAUCGACGCCGAGCCGCUGAAACUGGAGAAGAAGCUCUCCGACCAGGACCGGGACAAACCUUCCAGCUUGGAUUCGGGGAUCGAGGAUGGAAAAAGCACACCGACGUCGGAGGAGGAAGGAAAAGGGGCGGAGCCUCUGGAAUACGAGUGCGAGUCGCCGUCGUCGCCGGUCCCCAUCCUCAAAAUGGCGGAGCCGGAAGAGCACGAGGAGCAAGAGGGCAGAGCCAAGGAUGAGAGCGAGACAUCGAGUCUCCCCCUGGUAGUGCGGAGUGGAAGUACGUAUGGAAAGCCUGAACAGGAAGCUGACGUUCUGCCUCACGCUCACGGGAAGUUGAACAAACGUUGCUCGGACUCGGGGAGUCAGGCGUCUGAGAAUCUCGACAUCAGCCUGAGCUCCACGGGGAAUAGAGACAGCAUCUCUGUCACUGCACGGGAUGCUCUGUUUUACAGACGCACUCUGAAGCGCACUCGUAAGUAUGUGGUGGAUGGUGUGGAGGUGAGCGUCACAACGUCCAAGAUCAUCGGAGAAGAUGAGAAGAAGGACGAGGAGAUGAGAUUCCUCAGGCGACAGGAGCUGAGAGAGCUGCGUCUGAUCCAGAAGGAGGAACAUCGUGCUCUGUCUGUCCUAAACUCUAAACUGGAGACUCAGAGAGAGCUCAUGCAGAGACGCUUCGACCAGGAGAUGAACGCAAAGAAGAAGUUCUUCGACACAGAGCUAGAGAACUUGGAGAAGCAGCAGAAGCAGACGAUAGAGAAGAUGGAGCUGGAGCACGCCAUGGGUCUGCGCGAGGAGAGCAAACGAAUUCGGGCGGAGCAGGAGCGAGCGCUACACCGAUUCCAGGAGCAGAUGAAACAGCGUAAGAAGGAGGUGAAACAUGAAGUGGAGAAGUUGCCGAGGAACCAGAGGAAGGAGAAUUUAAAGAGCCGCAUGAAUGAAUUCCAGCAGACAAAAAGUUUUGAGGAGGAAAAGUUCAAAGAAGAUCAGCGUAAUUAUCUGGACUCGACUUUAAAAAGCAUCAUCACUCGGAACAAGAUGGAGAUCGCUGAAACAGAGCGCCUGUGUCUCGACAAGAAACAGGGACUGAUCAGAGAGAAGGAAGGAGUGAUCUGGGAACUGGAGGAGAAAAACCUGCAUGAGAGGUGGCAGCUCCUCAAACAGCAGCUGAAGGAACAGUACUUCCUGCAGAGACACCAACUACUGAAGAAACACGAGAAGGAACAAGAGCAUAUGAACUGUUACAACCAGCGUAUGAUUGAGCUUCUUAAAGUGCGGCAGCAGCAGGAGAGGAACAGGCUGCCGAAGAUCCAGCGGAAUGAAGGGAAAACUCGCAUGGCCAUGUUUAAGAAGAGUUUGCGCAUUAAUUCCUCAGGCAGCGCCGCAGAAGACCGCGAGAGGGUCAAGCAGUUUGCCAGGCAGGAGGAGAAGAGGCAGAAGGCGGAGCGACUGCACCAGCAACAAAAACACGAUAACCAGAUGAGAGAGAUGAUUGGGCAGUGUGACGGGAACCUCCGAGAACUCCAACAACUACAGAACGAGAAAUGUCACCUGCUGGUGGAAAACGAGACUCAGAGGCUGAAAGUGCUGGACGAGCAUCACAAUCAGCUGCUGAAGGAUUGGAGAGCGCAGCUGCAUCCCCGCAAAAAGGCUCUGGAGGACGAGCUGAACCAGAAGAAAUACGAGCAGGAGAUUUUCUUCCGGAUGAGCGAGGACUCUGAGUGUGUGAACCCCAGCUCUCCCAAUAGAUACACCAAAUUCCUGCCAUACACAGACUCCUCCACCACUUAGGACACUGCUACUGGUCAUGAUCAGCCAAUCACGAGCCUUGUGCUCCUCUAUAGUCCCACCCCCUAGUCCAGGUAGAUUAUUUGCUCGUACAGGGUUUGUACAUGCUUACCUUUUUUUUUUCUUUUCCAUGUGGUAUUAUUAAAACCUGAAUUGUUUUAUUUUUUAUUAAAUAAUGUAGAAUAAAGAGUUGUGUUCCUGAUGGGUCUUAAAACUGAAAAUAAAUAUAAAGAGAGAGAUAUAUAUUUUAAAAAUCUUUUUUUGAAUGGGUAAACAUAGUACAUUUAAACGCAAAAAGCCUUAAAUCCACUUCAACUGUAUUUUCACACCAAAGCCAGUAAUCAGGCAUUAUUAUUAUUAUUGGUCAUAUUUUAUUUAUCAGCCUCUCUUUGAAAUAUUUAUUUUCUAACAUACAAAUCAAAUAUAAAAUGUACAGGGGAAAAAGAUUGAAAGCUUAUUUUUUUCUAUUCUAUAAUCUUCAAAAAUUAUUUUAUUAUACAAGUAUAAAAAGCAAAUACUCAAGACACUUUAACGGUUUACUUUCUAACAGUGUAAGCAGUGUGUGUGUUCUGUAAGUGUUCAGUUUGUCAGAUGUUUUAGGUUUAGGUGAGGUAAACUGGUACUUUUUUUGUUUCUAGCCUCAAAAUGUGAGUCCCAGAAUUACUGUAAAGCACAACACUGGAUGUUAACUGACUAAAGCAUAAAAAAAACCCCUCAAAAUAUUAACAUUUAAUAAUUUUAAAAAAGUAAUUAAAUAUGUGUAACAUGUAAUAAAGAGGAUUGUUGCUGUCUAGGGGGAAAACCUUCAAAAAGUAUAUGUGUGUGUGUAUAUAUAUUAAAAAAAAUCAGCAUUGAUGUGUAGUUUAUUGUUUAGCGGAAAAAAAGAGAACUAUUUACUUUAUUUAAAGGUUAAAUUACUAGUAUUAAUGAAUUAUUUUUGGGCUCAUCUGUGAUUCUAACAUUGGUAUAUUUUGUGUUAUUAUAUAAUCAAUAAUUGUAAUAGUUCUUAUAAAUUUUGUAUAAAUAUCAUUUGGUUUAAAAUAAAAUUCACCUGAACUUUGAAGGUUCUUAUCCAACAGCAAUAUAAAAAUAUUAUUAUUUUGUUUACUGACUCUUUAAGCACUGACACUUACCUUAAAGUGCAAUACCCGCUACCAAUUAUUCCUUUAUUAUAUUUUUUAAGUGGGGUAGAAAAUCAGCUAGGAAAGUACAGCUAGGCCUUAUCUUUGCAACUCCAGAGAUUAAUUGAAAUCAAUUUGUUUUCUGAACAUUAUCCAUCUGUCUGCACUGUUUAUUUUAACCAAAGGAGGGUGUGAAAAGGAGCCCUCGCUGUACAGGAAUCUAAUAAAGUCAACUUUAUCAUUCA